UUAAGUUUUGAAACUGCUAUCGUACGCAGCAUUAUAGUCUGCGCUGUGCGUUUUACUGAAUAUAAAUUUAUAUAUAUACAUCGGACAAGUAAUAUUGAAACGGGUUCAUUCACGACAAAGCUAAAAUACAAAUAUUUAACGUCAAUGGGACGGUAUUGUCUUUUUUUAAAUUCUAAUUGAAAUUUUAAAAAUAUUUUUUGUUCAUUUAACUGAAUUGUUUCGAACGAAAACAUUGAAAUUGUGAAAUGUGAAAAUGAAUAUUUAUACGUCAAACUGAAGAAAAGAGAUAAAUGCGCAACUCAAAAACAAAAAUUAAAUAAAUUUAUUUUGAUGCGUAGUAUUACGUAUAUUUUUAUUACAAUACACAAAUAUGUGGCUUUGAGUGUUUUUUUCGUCUUUCCUCUACACACAUUGAUUAAGUGAUAAAAUAUACAAACAUAAAAGUUUUGUUGAUUUGUUUUUAUUUACAUUUCACUCAUGAGUUGAUUGAUCAAAACCGAUUUAUAAGUUUAGUAGAAAUGCAUUUCCGGCUCUAAUUUUCAUAUCACCAAAACACACCGUGGAUAACAGAAAAUGACUGAAGACGUCGCUAGAAAUACAGAAAUAGAAAACCAGCGCUUAGAAAAUGUCAAAACUGGAAAAUGCAAAUGGUUUAACGGUACGAAGGGUUGGGGAUUCGUUACACUUGAUGAAACAGGCGAAGAUGUGUUCGUUCAUCAGAGCAUUCUUAAAAUGAACGGAUUUAGGCAGCUUAAUGAAGCGGAAGAAGUAGAAGUGGAAUUUAAAGUAACGGACAGAGGGUUACUGGAAGCUAUCAAAGUAACCGGUCCGAACGGUGAAGACUGUCGCGGAUCGAGUAAACAUCCACCAAAAAGGGUUUUCAGAAAAAUUCGAUGUUACAAUUGCGGUGAAUUCAGAAAUCACGUUGCAUCAAAAUGUGUUGAGCCACCUCAACCGAAACGUUGUCAUAAUUGUAAAAGUGAUGAGCAUUUGGUUGCUGAUUGUCCAACAAAAACGCCAACAAAUUUAAACCCAUCUGGUUCAGAAUCAGAACCAUCUGACAGCCGACUACAUACCGAAGGUGCAGAUGGCGGUAGUGAAGAGAAUUGAAAAUAUAUAAUAGGGGAUUUGGGUUAGUGUAUAAUAUUUUAACAGUGUAAAUGGAUUGGUUUGAAUAUCGAAUAGAAAAUAAUCGGAAAUGAAAAUAACAUAUUUGAAGAUUGAAAGACCAAUCUGAGUUUUUCAAAUUUUUUUAAAAUUUAAUCUUAUUGGAAAAGAAAAUCAUCAAUCACAUAUCAAGCCACAUAUAGGUAAAUAGCCUGGAAAGUUAAUCGAAAAUUGUAUGUGGCGUUUUAAACAGAAAACAAUGGGAACCGAAACUUAAAAUAACAAAUUAGUUCACUCAUAUAAAAAAAUCAGUUCAGUUUUAAGCAGGUUCUUUUUUGGUCAGCUGACCAAUUUUACGUAUUUUUUUUAAGGAAAAAAGAGAUAGCAAUUUUCGAACUUAUUUAGUGUUUGAUAAAUAUCGUCAGUGCAAUACCUCUGGCUUAUCAUUUUUUUUUAUUACAUUGAUUCUCAAAUUCAAGAGUUGCAAAUACGCUAAAAUAUGCGUAUAGGUAGUUUUUGACCUAUCUUUUUUGCUCCAAACACCUCUAACCUAUGUUACGAUAACAAUUAUUUGUUUUGAUCAACGUUCUCGUUCCGAAGAUAACUAACAGUCCAAUAGACUCAGUCGCAUGUACAAAUUUAUAAUGA